AUGAUCGAUGAACUAUUGGUACACAUCUCUGCACCAACUACUCGACAAACCGACGAACUUUACUAUGCUUUGGCUGGCGCUUAUCUUAAAUUCGAACCUCUCAGAAUACAUGCAGAUGAAUCGCGACAGGAUGCCGCUCCGGGGCCAUCUGCUGCAUCCAGGGUAAACGCCCAGACAUCACCAAAUAACGAGGACCCUGUCGCUACAUCUUUCCUAUCGACCAGCAAAGACUCUUACGGCAGCUUUCCGUCCUAUAUUUCCUCUGAAGGCCAUAGUAAAGUUCGCGCAGGCACUAGAAACCAAUUCUACUAUGGCGCAGAGGAAGAAGACAUCGACCCAACGGUUACCCGGCUUGAUCAACUAGAUCGCAUCCAUCGGAAUUGGAAGAAACAAACAACGCCAAAGUCCAGCUUUACCGGCGGAAAAUCAGCAACAAAGCAUGUCUCCAGUAGUCCUGAUGAUGCCAAUACAGCCUUCAUAGAGGAUACACAAGAGGCAGCGAGACAGCUUCAAAGUCAACUGUCAGACAGCUACUCCACAACUUCCGUGGAUACAUCUGAAGACGACUCGAAUCCACAAGUUAUACGGGAGUAUCCGACGUCUCGUGCUGGACCCUCUGAGCACAACAUCAAGAGCACACCCAAUGUAUUGGUGCCAGAGACGCCCAAGUACGGCAGCGUUGUUUCGAGUUCCAGGGAAAGCCUGCCCCUAAAAAGUGCUGGCAGUGUAGCGGAACAGCCUACUCAUGUUCGCUUAAACUCAUCUACCAGGUCCGAUAGUACAGUCCCGAAUACCCAGGAAAGUUUACGACCAACUGAAGCAUUGCAUUCAUCGACCCCCACUCCUAAAGUUAAGGACAGCGGCAAUAAGAGCCCGGGGACAAACCAAGAGCUCGCUAAGCCAAUUGACUUCUCCAAGCUUUGCACCGAAGCCUAUGCACCAGAGCCCAAGAUAUCCAUAGCAUGCCCGAGUAGUCUACCCUCUCAAAUUACAGGGGCUUUGGAGGCGCUCAAGAACCAAAAUCCAAACCGCUUCAGACCAGUCAAGCAGCGGGGUACUCCCAAAGCCGACGAUCGAGGAUACUGGUCUAUCGAUUGCGCUCACUGGCCUCAGGAUUAUCAACAAGAGUUCUGGAACCACAUGUGCGACCAGGUCGCAAGCGAUAGACUUGGUUGGGGUGUGACGUUGCAUCGAGAGGGUGGUACUUCGCAGUCACUUGGUAGAGUCAAGUUGUACUGCUGGGGAGAGGUUGUAGAGCACAUGUGGUUGGUGCUAUGGCUCUUCUCCAGAGCGAAAAUAAAUGGCUCCAAACUGAAAUGGGUUGACGCAGAUGGAAAUGCGAUUUUUGAGAUGACUUGA